AUGCCCCCUAUGCAACUCGCCCCCUUCAACCCCCCUCUAGGCAUCAACCCCGCCUACUGCGUCCCCCGGCAAACCAUCCUCGCCAUGAAAGAAAAAGUAUGGUCCCUCUCCGGCGACACCUUCCACAUAACCGACGAGGCCGGCCACGAAGUCGUGCAAUGCCGCGGCCAGACCUUCUCGCUGUCCGACCGUAAAGAAUUCGCCGAUAUAGCCGGCCGCCCGCUCUUCUCGCUACGUACGAAAUUGUUGAGUAUACAUAAGUCCUUUUAUGCUGAGGCGCCUGGGGGACAGGUGUUGUUUGAGGUUAAGGGGAAGUUUAGCAUCGGCACGUCGAAAAUGAUAGCAACUUUCCAAAACGCUUCAAAUGGUGCACCUAUAGAACUCCUCGUCAAAGGCGACUGGCUUGAUCGCAGCGCUACAAUCACCAUGGGGAAUGUAGUCGUAGCGCAAAUCUCGCGGAGCUACUUCAACAUGCGGGAGAUUUUCGGCGGGCAGCAGAGUUAUUAUGUUACUGUUGCGCCGAAUGUCGAUCUGGCGCUCAUGGCUGCCAUUUGUGUUUGUCUUGAUGAGAAGGAGAAUGAGAAGAAGUGA